AUGCAAGAUGACAACUAUGGCGGAGUCAUUCCGACUGCUUCCAGUAAGACAUUUCAGCUGCGAGGCUAUCAGGCUGAGAUGGUUGCAGAGAGCAUGAAAGACAACGUCAUUGUCGUCAUGGACACAGGCUCGGGAAAGACGCAUAUAGCCAUCGAACGAACACGAGCGGAGUUGGAAACGUGCGAACCCGGCCAGGUUAUCUGGUUUCUUGCGCCAACAGUUGCACUCUGCGAGCAGCAAUAUGAUGCUUUUCAAUCUAAUAUACCUGGGGUCGGACACCAGCUACUUUGCGGGAGAGAUGAUGUUGAGCUGUGGACGACCCAGGCAGAGUGGGACCGAGUACUUCUCAAUGUUCGCGUGGUCAUCUCAACACACGCGGUACUCCUUGACGCCCUCACGCAUGGUUUUGUCAAGUUGAGCAAGCUGGCUUUGCUAAUUUUCGACGAGGGUCAGUUCGUCGCGUUAACACAACAACAUCUUAGUACUAAAGUCCUGUAG